CGGCGGGGAAGCGCGCGUGAGUGCGCGCACAGCAGGAGAGUGCGCGGUGGGACAGCCAACGCUCCGCAGCGCGGCGGGGGACUGUUGGCGAGAGGUGCGCGAGCUGACCAGCUACCUCGCCGCGCGAGGGCUUCGGCUGGCGGUCUGAGAGGACACCUGCGGUCCCCAGCUAGGGGGCUCCUGCCAGAAGUAAUCCACAACUUCAGAAUGGAACGCCGGCGCCUUCCCCACUUCCUGUGAUCAAGCCAUUGGCCACCAUUUCUGUGGCGAUGCCUGUAAACCACCAGAAAUCAGACUCUUCUUCAGAGAUGGACUCUGACUUGACACCCAGUUGCCGGCUCAGUGACUUGAGCAGAGGGGGCAGUUUGGAGAGUCGAAGUAGCAGUUCUCGCUCCAGAAGUCUCACAUUGGAUGAUGAGAGCCUGAAGUAUCUCACACAUGAGGAAAAGGACGUCAUCCUGUUUUUCGAAGAGACUAUUGAUUCCCUGGAGGAUGACUUCGAGGAGCAAGUCCUCUGUGACAGUGGGGUACACUGUCACUCCCCACAGUCUCUGGAAGGGAGCGCUUCCAGCCCCUCAGAGCCAGAAGAUGUCAUCGACUUAGUGCAGCCAGUACCCGCGGCUGGGGAACCUGAGCGCCUUCCGGGUGUGACUGAAGCAGCAGGGGCUGGGCCCGUUGGAAAGGAAGACAUUCCUGCCCUGGAGCUCGGGACACAAGGUAGAGAGAUUUCUCCCCAGCCAGAGUCCACAGUUCCAGAGGUCCCUCCUCAGCCGCCGUCCCUGCCUGUCCCCACAGCGCCAGCCCACCCCAGGAAAGAGCCGCUCUCUGCUUCUCCUCCAGCAGAGCACCCAAAGCUGCCCCGCUCGGUUCCCACUCCGCUCGUUAUCGCCCAGAAAAUUUCUGAGAAGUUGGCGGGAAGUGAAGCCCUUUCACCUACCUCUCCCUCAAAGGAGGGCAGGCCUGGAGAAUGGUGGACACUGACUUCCACAGCCCCUCGAAUUGGAGACCACUCGUUGUGGCACAGACACACGGCACAGCCUGCACCCAAGGUCCACCGCUUCCCCAGCAACAUCAGCGUGACCAACAGUGCCGGGAAGGAGUUCAACAAGACCAUCUCCAAGGCAGCGGUCAGCGUGCAGGAGCGGAAAGCCCGGGUCCUGGCCAACAUUAAUGGCGUCUCUUUUCUCUCCUUGGGAGAAAUGGAAGAUCGGGCCCAAAAGGGUGAUCUCCCUGAGCAGAGGAGAAGCCUCUUGCCGGAGCAGGGGACACGUGACCAGAGCAAGCCGGGCCCCAUCCAGGAAGCCUUGUCCGCACGGGCAGGAGGGCAGCCCAGCAGUCAGCAGUCCAGAGGCGUGCAGACGGAGCAGACCCCGCCACUGGCCAAUGGCUUCCAGAGCAUCCACGAUGUCCUAAAGGGUGAGCCUGGUGGCUUUUUCUCUACUGGGAAAACUGUCACCUUCCAUCCGGACCCUGCUCUCACCAGCAAACUUGCACGCCAGAACGCCAGCAAGAGCUUGUACGAGCACCGGCCGCCAGACUGCAGCCAGGAUGCUAGGAAGCGGUCAGGUUCGCUGCCCAGGGCUGUGGGGUUCAGACCCCAGGGCAUCACGGUCCAGUUUGCUGGCCGAGGCUCCACUGAGGAAGCCCGCCGAGAGGCCCUGCGAAAGCUCGGCCUGCUGAAGGAGAACUUGUGAGGGAGAGCGAGUGGGGGCUGGAGGAUGAGGACGGCCAGGUUUGUUUGGCCCUGUAGUGCACUGUGCGCUGUAAAGAGUAGUCACGCCCGUCCCAAUGGCGGUGCCCUGCUGAGGACCAGCGGUGACAGGUACCAGGACUCAGGAGUCGGAGCUGGGGGCUGAGAACAGUAAGGGCUGCCCCGUCCCAUCCCACCGCUGAGCUGGGAUUUCCCUCUGUGAACAAGGGACGGCCCCAUAUCAUCCUUUUUUCCCAAGAACUCAGAGAAUAACCUUGAAGACCUAAAGGUUUCUGUGAUUUGUCACUUCCAUCUACUUUAAGGAUGCGGGAGAAGGGGGCUUGGGUCUAAUUUGUUAUUCAAGAGUCUCUAUUCUAGCCGUUGAUCCCAAGCAUACCCACGUGAAAGCCAGUGUAGGUCUCUCGUACCCAGUUCUCCAAGAUAGGGAGGGAUUUCUUCUCCUUUUCUAAGAAAAUGUUAAAUUUUCGUAGUGUCUUAAAAUACAUUUUUGGCUUUUUGUUUUUGAAGGGUAAAGAACAGUAUGUUAGCCCUAACUAUGCCUUUGUGUCUUGAUAUAAUUUGGUUUGCCUAGUUUUUUUCUGAUGGAAAAUUGAAAUGCAACGUUUAGAGUAGGAUGUACUAUAAUUUUGAGUUGUGAGAGUGGAAUAGAAAGGUUGAGUUCGGAAAGGGUGGCAAUUUAAAGAACACAAGUCUCAUCACACUGAAGGUCUGUCACUGGGAGACGUGUGUACGAGCACUUACUGUGUACAUACGUGUACAUAGUGUUUAUAGAAACAUGUUAUCAUACACAUAUAUAGGUGCUGCGUGGGCACAUACACGUUCGUCGUCGCAUAUACAUAAGCUUCCUAAAGCCCUGUACUCUGGAUAGACACAGCCAUCCCAGUGGGGACAGAUGACACAGAGACUGCUACUUCCUAACGUGGAAGUCUUUUAAGGACCCCCGUCUGCACAAUAUUGUGGUGAGUCCGUGUCUUAAAAUUCUGCGAUGCGUGUUCUGUUCUCAGUUAAAGUAAUGUUCCAAGUAAGGUUCCAGAUAAGCAGAAUUGUUUCUCUUUUUAGUGAGGAACAUUUUCAAAGGCUUAAUUUAUCACCUAAUUUUAGUUCUGCAUUUUCCAAGGUAGCUAGUAAACAGAAGGAAACAAAAGAUCCUUCAGAUUCCGUGUGUUCUGUAAGCAAGAUCUCAGGAUUAAUGUAAAAGGGAAGAAAACAGCGGACUAGGUGACACUGCCUGAGGAGGACUAGUUUGCUCCCACACCGUCCCACUGCUGAGUUGUAGCCACAAGCAUUAUCACCAGAACUAUUUCAGGCUGGCGUCUUGAACCUCAGAUAAUAGACUGGGAAGGGCCACCCUCAGAUACCACACCCCUUUGUUAUUAUAUCUCAGCCACUGUCACAGAAUGUUUCUUUCCUGUUGAGUAUUAUUUAAAUUCAGAUUUUUAAAUGUGCUGUGAAGGAUAUUUUUUGUAGUAUUCAACUUGCCUUGUAAGUUACAUAAAAUGAUUGUAUUUUUUUUUCUCUCCGAACUACAGUAUUUAGUGUCUUGGCCAGCUCUUGUCCUCCUGAAAUAAUAUCAUGGAUUUUUAAUGGUCUUAAUUGAAAUAUAUUUUUAAAGUAGUUUUUAUUUUACUCCCGUUUAUAUUGGAUUUGGUUAAAGGGUUCUUGAGGGCUGGAUCAUCUUUUUUACAAAGUGAGAUGCCCUACACAGUGUUUAAAAACAGAGGGUCUUGAUAUGGCUGACAUUCUAAAUACCCUUAUAUAUGAAGACUAUUUCUUUUUACCUUAUCCUGACUUCAUUAUGAUUAAGGUGAACUUGACUAUAUAUAGUACAUUUGUUCUCAUAAUGACAUUUUUGAAAAUAAAUUGAAAUUUAUCUUAUGUAUAAA